AUGGAAAUGUUGCAGAAAUAACUUAACAAUUACAUAUAUGAAGAACGUAACAUAGGGGGAGGACAAUUCAGUGAAGUGUUUUUGGGAUUUGAAAUGUAUACAAAAGAGAAGGUGGCGAUUAAAGUAUGAAUAUAUUGAGUUAAGUAAAUUGAUUGUUCACGAAUGAGAGAUUAAAUCAUGAUCCAAAUGAUGAGAAAUGAAAUAGGGAUUUUGAAAACUAUACCAAAAUAGUAAAACAUUCUAAAAUUAUAUGAUGUAUUUCAAAAUAAUUAAGUUGUGUAUAUCAUUACUGAAUACUGUAAUCAAGGUAUAAACAUUGAAUUUAAUGAUAGGGGACUUAUAAUAGUUUAUAGGGAAACACAAAAUGACUGAAGAUUUAGCAAUUGAUUUAAUCACUCAUGUAUUGAAUGGUCUAUAACAUUGCAAGAAUAAUUGUAAAUAUUGAUCAUAUGAUAUGAGAUAUAAUUCAUAGAGAUAUAAAACCAGCAAAUGUAUUUAUAAAUAAUGGAGUCCCAAAACUAGCAGAUUUUGGAUUUGCUCUAAGUAAAAAUGUGUAAAAUGGAGUGGAAAUAUAAAAUUAUAAUGUAGGUACUCCUAUGUAUAUGGCUCCUGAAACUCUUUUAAGUAAUCAUUAUAGCUUUAAGAGCGAUUUAUGGUCAGCUGGGGUAGUUUUGUAUGAAAUGGUAUUUGGAUAAUAGCCAUUUAGAUCACAUACAGAACCAGAAUUGGUAUAGAAGCUUAAAUUAUACUAAUAAAAUGGAUUACUUUAUUAUCCAUUUUAAUGUUCUCGUUUUUUGGAUAUUUUAAUAUAAAAUAUGCUUCAAUGUGAUAAAUAAUUAAGAUGGUCAGUAGAAUAAUGUUUAGAUUAUAUAAGAUAGAGACAAUAAUAAAGAAUUAUGACUAGUCAAAAUUAUAUACCUUAAUAAUCAUAACAUAUUCGAAGUGUGACCCCUAUUUAGGUUAUUUAAUAAUAAUAAUAAUAGAAAUCUUAAUUACCAAUUCAAUAUUAACAUCAAUUCAAAAUAUAAUAAUAACCACUUCAAAUUAAUACUAGUUAGUAAUUCUCAUAAAUACCUAUCUAAAAAUAAAUAAUUCCAUAAUAGUAUUUACAUUUUUCAAUUCCAUCUCCACCUUCAAAUAGAGAACAUUUACAAAAAUUGAAUGGAUCUUAAACAACGCAUGAUACAUCUUAUUUACCAUUGAGAUUUCCAUCUGUUUAAAGAGAGAGAAAUACUACAUUAUAAGAUUCUUCUUAGCGUAGUAAUGUUGAACCUAAUGAAUAAAAUAAGUUUAGAUUACCAUUUGCUAAUUUAAUGUAUAAAAUAGCUAAGCUAUUCAUUAAUACUUAGUAUUUUGAUUAAUUUAGUUUAGGUAAAUUCUAUACAAAAACUGAAUGUAUGUUUUUACAACUUAAAAUUUAAUUCUGUUUAUUGUAAUGUUGCAUACAAAUAGUAUAUUUAAACUUUAUAUCAUUUAGUUUUAACCUUAUAAUCCAUGUUUACCUGAAUGUUAGGUUAGAUUAUAAAAUGUUAGAUAAACCAUAAUUUAAAUGCCUGAUUAAUAUGUCUAAGAUUCUAAAUUCAUGUCCUUAUUUAAUAAUAAUUGGGUAUUGGAAAACAUAUUUGAAUAAAUUAAGGAAUAUAACUAUGUGGCUAUUCAUUUAAUAAAUGAUUACUUAGCUAAAGAUUACAAUAAUUCUUAGUUAAUUAUUAUAUUGGAUUAUUUGGUUAUCUUACAAUAAUUAUUAAAACGCUUUGCAGCUAGUUUUUCCUGGAUGGAAUUUGAUAAGAGAAAUAAUAUUACUGCUAUUGUACAAGCACCAAUUAAUCCAAAUCCAAAUUAACAAUAAUGGAUGGAAAUACGCAAAAUAAUCCAUAGAGAUAUUGUCAAAUGA